GGGCGGCGCGGGUGCGGCGGCGGGAGGCCCCGCGCGCUGGGAGGAUGCCCGCGGCGUCCGCGCGACCAUGCAAUGGCGAGCGCUCGUCCUGGGGCUGCUGCUCCUGCGACUCGGCCUCCACGGUGCGCUGUGGCUCGUCUUCGGGCUGGGGCCCAGCAUGGGCUUCUACCAGCGCUUCCCUCUCAGCUUCGGCUUCCAGCGCCUGACGGGCCCCGACGGCCCCGCGUCUCCCGCCCCUGGGCUCGGGACGCCCGAGGGGCCGACGGGGCCGUCGUGGCUGCAGCCGCCGGGGCCCGGGGCGGCGGCGGGGCGGCAGCGGGCGCCGCGGCGGCCCCGGCCGGGCGUGUGCGGCCCGGCGCACUGGGGCGACGUCCUGGGCGGCCGGGGCCGCGGCCCGGACGAGUACGAGCGGCGCUACAGCGGCGCCUUCCCGCCGCAGCUGCGCGCCCAGAUGCGCGACCUGGCGCGGGGCAUGUUCGUCUUCGGCUACGACAACUACAUGGCGCACGCCUUUCCGCAGGACGAGCUCAACCCCAUCGACUGCCGCGGCCGCGGGCCUGACCGCGGAGACCCUUCCAAUCUGAACAUCAACGACGUCCUGGGGAACUACUCUCUGACCCUGGUUGAUGCGUUAGAUACACUUGCAAUAAUGGGAAAUUCAUCCGAGUUCCAGAAAGCAGUCAAGUUAGUGAUCAACACAGUUUCAUUUGACAAAGAUUCCACCGUCCAAGUCUUUGAGGCCACAAUAAGGGUCCUGGGGAGCCUCCUUUCCGCCCACAGAAUAAUAACGGACUCCAAGCAGCCCUUCGGGGACAUGACCAUCGAGGACUACGACAACGAGCUGCUGCACAUGGCUCACGACCUGGCCGUGCGGCUGCUCCCUGCCUUUGAGAACACCAAGACGGGGAUCCCCUACCCCCGGGUGAACCUGAAGACGGGCGUGCCUCCCGACAGCAAUAACGAGACGUGCACAGCGGGCGCUGGCUCCCUCCUGGUGGAGUUUGGGAUCCUGAGCCGGCUGCUGGGGGACUCCACCUUCGAGUGGGUGGCCAGACGCGCCGUGAAAGCCCUUUGGAACCUCCGGAGCAAUGACACCGGCUUGUUAGGCAAUGUGGUCAACAUCCAGACAGGCCACUGGGUCGGGAAGCAGAGCGGCCUGGGAGCCGGACUGGACUCCUUCUACGAGUACCUCUUGAAAUCCUACAUCCUCUUUGGAGAGCAGGAAGACCUCGACAUGUUCAACGCUGCCUACCAGAGCAUCCAGAACUACUUACGGAGGGGCCGGGAAGCCUGUAACGAGGGAGAAGGAGACCCGCCGCUCUAUGUCAACGUGAACAUGUUCAGCGGGCAGCUGAUGAACACGUGGAUCGACUCCCUGCAGGCCUUCUUCCCCGGGCUGCAGGUGCUGAUGGGAGACGUAGAAGACGCCAUCUGCCUGCACGCCUUCUACUACGCCAUCUGGAAGCGGUACGGGGCGCUGCCUGAGAGGUACAACUGGCAGCUGCAGGCGCCCGACGUGCUCUUCUACCCUCUGCGGCCCGAGCUGGUGGAGUCCACGUACCUGCUCUACCAGGCGACCAAGAACCCCUUCUACCUCCACGUGGGCAUGGACAUCCUGCAGAGCCUGGAGAAGCACACGAGGGUCAGGUGCGGGUAUGCCACGCUGCACCACGUCAUCGACAAGUCCAAGGAGGACCGGAUGGAGAGCUUCUUCCUCAGCGAGACCUGCAAGUACUUGUACCUGCUCUUCGAUGAGGAGAACCCAGUGCACAGGUCCGGGACGAGGUACAUGUUCACAACGGAGGGGCACAUCAUGUCUGUGGACGAGCACAUCCGGGAACCGCCGUGGAAGGGGCUCUUCCCUGAGGAGGGCGGGCGGGGCCCCGCGGGGAAGCCCGCGCACAGGCCCAAGUCCCACGAUGCGAAGGUCAUCAACUCCAGCUCCAACUGCAGUCGCGUGCCUGACGAGAGGAGGUACUCGCUGCCCCUGAAGAGCGUCUACAUGCGGCAGAUCGACCAGAUGGUGGGCCUCAUCUGACCGCCCGGCCCCGUGGGCCAGUCGCACCGGACCAAACACGGCGGACCGAACGCCGCGGGCCGCCCCG